UUGCCCCAUGUGUGGGAGAAGAUAAUCGAAAGAUAAUGUAAUAUAUCCUCUGUUAUUAUCAAAAUCUCAAAAGUUAUAUUCUCUCUAUACAAAAGAGAACCAUAAUUUCUAUGAGAGGAAAACUUUGCAAGCCUACUUUAUUCCAUCUCUCUCUUUACUAAUUGAUUGAAGCACUACACUGCUGUUUGUUCCGAGUUUGUGAGGAGGAAGAUGGCAGCUGAAUUUCUGCUCACUUUCGCUGCUGAGGGAAUUCUGACCAAGGUGUCUUCACUUGCCUCUCAAGAACUCACUCUUGCAUGGGGGUUCAAGGCCGAACUGAAGAAGCUCGGGAAUUCCUUAUCCAUCAUUCAAGAUUUCUUACACGGGGCUGCCGAUCAGAAACCACAAGAUCAUCAGGGCAAGGCAGUAGAGGAGUGGGUCAAGAAACUGAAAGACAUAGCUCACGAGGCAGAUGAUGUUUUGGAUGAUUUCAACUAUGAAGUUCUCCGGCGCAAAGUGGAACUGCAAAACCACAUGAAGAGAAAGGUACUCAACUUCCUUUCUGCCUCUAAUCCCCUUUUGUUUCGUCUCAAAAUGGCGCAUAAGAUUAAGAAGAUCAAUGACUCUUUGGUGGAGCUUAAGAAUGAGGCAGCUUUCAUCAACUUGGUUGCAAAAAGAAGAGAUUCAAGCCCUGGAGGGGAACAGCUGGAUCGAGAUCAAACGGACCCAUUUUUUGAGAAGGAUGAAAAGGUUGUUGGUAGGGAGGAUGUUGUGUCAAAAAUAGUUGAGAGCUUGACCAACUCCAACAAUCCGCAGGAUCUUUCGGUUAUGGCCAUUGUUGGAAUGGCUGGACUGGGAAAGACGACUUUGGCUAAAUCAGUGUACAAUGAACCUGCCAUAGAUACACACUUCCAUAAGAAAAUAUGGGUGUGCGUAUCUAAUACUUUUGAUGUCGAUGUGAUUUUAAGCCAGAUGUUAGAAUCUCUAACGAGGCAUAUUGCAGGAAUGAAAAAUCGAAGUCCAUUGAUUGAUUCUCUUAAAGAUGAGUUGACAGGGAAGAAAUAUGUUCUUAUACUAGAUGAUGUAUGGAGCGAGCAUAGAUCAAAAUGGGAGAGUUUGAUGAGUUGUUUGUCAAAAUUGAAUUCUACUCCGGGAAGCAGCAUUAUCAUCACCACCCGCAGUGCCAAUGUGGCAUCAAUUGCUGAAACACUUCCCAGACCUAAACUAAGAAAUCUAUCAAAUGACGAAUGUUGGUCCAUUUUGAAGCAAAGAGCAUUGAAUUUGAAGGUGAAUGAUGUCAUUGAUGCAGAUCGAGAAAGAAUUGGGAGGGCGAUUGCUGAAAAGUGUGGAGGCAUACCCUUAGUGGCAAAGGUUUUGGGAAGCAUAAUGCGCUCUAAAACUAGUAGAGAUGAAUGGUUGGCAAUUCAAAAUAGUGAAAUAUGGGACCUACCUGAAGAAGAUGAUAGAAUCAUGUCGGUAUUGAAGUUGAGUUUUAAUAACUUGAAGACAUCACCUUUGAAGCAAUGUUUUGCAUAUUGCUCAAUGUUGAAGAAAGAUUUUGAAAUUGAAAGAGAUAAUUUGAUCCAACUUUGGAUGGCUCAGGGAUUGCUCCAGCCUUCAACUGAGAAAAAUCAUCAUGAAAUGGAGGAUACAGGCAAAAAAUAUUUUUAUACUCUAUUGAAAAACUCCUUAUUUCAAGAGGUAACUGAAGGUGGCACUAUUACCAAGUACACGAUGCACGAUCUUGUGCAUGAUCUUGCAGAAGAAGUAUCCAAAAGUGAAAGCUUGACACAAGAUUUGAAUGAUACAUGCGAGGUUCGACAUGUUGCACGUAUUCGGCCUUCAACACUAGAAAACAUGUCAGAAGUAACUGUUAGGAGAUUGCAAUCUCUAUUUUCGAAUGAUCAAGUCUCAGAUAUCAUUUUCUCCAAGUUCAGAGCAUUGCGCAUCUUAAAUUUACACAGGGCAAAUAUUCAAGAGUUGCCAAUUUCAUUUGGCAAGUUGAAGCACUUGAGAUAUCUAGACGUCUCAUAUUCAAGAAUCAAAGCACUUCCCAAGUCAAUUGGCAAGCUCUAUAACCUUCAAACAUUGAGAAUGCAGGAAACUGAUUAUCUCAAUGAGGUUCCAAGGGAAAUGCAAAACUUGAUCAACUUGAGGCAUCUUUAUUUUGACAAGACAAUGGAAUUUCCAGCCGGAUUAUUGCGGGGAUUAACUAAUCUCCGAACAUUGUCUUACUUUAAUGUGGGUAAGGAGAUGGGUGUUGGAAUUGAAGAAUUGGUUGACUUGAACCACUUGAAAGGUGAAUUAAUCAUUCGUAAUCUGGAAAAUAUAAGGGAUGAAGAAGAAGCGAAGAAGGCAAAAUUAGAGGACAAGAAAAAUGUACUGGAGCUAAGUUAUGUAUGGGCAAGAAGCAGAAGCAAUCCAGAAGGUUUGGAGAGUAGGCCGAGCAGCAACAUUAAUGACGAGAAUGUGCUAGAAGGACUCAAACCACAUACCAAGUUGGAGAGCUUGAGCAUUGAAAACUUCAUGGGUGAUAAAUUUCCUUCAUGGAUGAUGAGAAACCCUUUGCCUCUCAACAAUUUGAAGAAGGUCCUCCUUUUUGGCUGUAGCAAAUGCGAAGAACUCCCGAUACUAGGCCAUCUACCGGAUCUUGGACAUGUCGAGAUUUAUGAAAUGCAUAACCUAAAACGCUUGGGAAGUGAAUUUUAUGGUUAUAAUCCUCGUGUGGCUACCCGAGAGAAGGAGACAACGGUCUUAUUUCCAGCACUGAAAACAUUAAGCAUUGUAGGGUGCGAUGAGCUAACUGAAUGGAUGGAAGCACCCACAAGUAUGACAUCGUCAACAACAAGAAAAGUAGUGGUGUUCCCUUGCCUAGAGAAGUUGACUCUCGGGGGUUGUCCCUUAUUGAGAAAUGCUCCAAGUCAUUUCCCAUCUCUCAAGGAGUUGUCGAUAUGGGGCAUGGACAGCGAGAAGCCGAUGGCAAGUAUAUGCAAUGAAGUGAGCACUCUGACUUCUCUCGAUAUAGGAAACAUCAAGGGGCUUACUUCGCUGUCCUCGGAGAUGCUGAAGAAGAACAAGAAUCUCACAUCUUUGAAGAUCAGGAGUUGUGAUGAGAUGAUUCGUAUUGCUCCAAAUGUAUUUGGCUGCUGCGCAAAUCUUAGGGAGCUGACCAUUCAGUAUUGUAAGAAACUGGAGCAUCUAGCCGAGGGUCUAGACACGCUCCCUCUUCUCGAGAAGUUGACCAUAAGACAAUGUCCUACUCUAGAGUUCAUUCCGAUUGACCGCGACAUGGCAUCCCUCCGCGAAUUGGAGAUUAAGGAUUGUGAUGGAUUAUCUAGUAUUGGCCUACUCGAUCACUGCACCUCUCUACAGAAAUUGGAGAUAUACAGAUGUAGAAAUCUAACAUCCAUUCCAAUCUCACAGGGCCUUGCCUCUCUCCGCAGAUUGGAUAUUUGGAAGUGUGAUGGACUAUCUAGUAUCGGCAUACUCGAUCACUGCACCUCUCUACAGGAAUUGGAGAUAUGGGGAUGUGAAAAUCUAACAUCGAUUCCAAUCUCACAAGGCCUUGCAUCUCUCCGCAAAUUGGAUAUUCGGGAGUGUGGUGGGUUAACGGGCCUACCGUGCAGGAUUGAAAACUGUCCCUCGCUUCAGACGUUUUGUGUACUGGAAUGCCCCAAGCUAGUAUCCAUUUCAUUUUCUACGGAUUUGAAUCCACGACUCCAGGAGUUGUCUUUGGAUUGCAAUGGUCUACCAAAUCUUCCAGAUUUCCGCAGUUUCACUUCCCUCCGUGUAUUGAAUAUUUACAACUGUGGUGGAAUACCGAGCGGGAUUGAAAACUGCACCUCUCUUCAGGAAUUAAUGAUAUCCGGUUGCUCAAGUCUAGAGACCAUUUCGUUUACACGCGUCGUCCCAUCUCUCCGCAAAUUGAGUGUAAGCGAAUGCCCCAAGCUUGCAUCCAUUUCAUUUUCUACGGAUUUGAAUCCAUGUCUGAAGGAGUUGCGUAUAGAUGAUUGCAAUGGUCUUCAAUCCCUUCCAGAUCUCCGCAGUUUCACAUCCCUACUUGUAUUGGAGAUUGGAAAAUGUGCGGGGAUAGAAAGUCUGGUAUGUGGGUUUCAUAUCCCGGUGUCUCUGGAGGAGUUGCGGAUUUCUCAAUGCCAUAACCUAGAGAGUAUUCCAAGUUUAGAUGAAUGCACAUCCCUCCGUCAGUUAGGGGUUCGUGAUUGUGAGAAAUUGAAGUCUCUGUCAACAGGGCUGCGCUGCCUCGCUCGUCUGGAGGAAUUGGAUUUAGGUCCUUUUUGGGAGGAGCUCGACUCCUUCCCUGAUUUUCAAGCUCCAUCACAACAACUUGGCAGAUUAGCGUUGGGCGGGUGGCCUAAACUCAAGUCUCUUCCUCAACAAGUUCAACACUUCACUUCGCUGACAUGGUUGACUAUAAGAUCUUUCAAUGGAGUGGAGGCUUUACCAGAGUGGUUGGGCAACCUUGCAUCUCUCAAGCACCUGACUAUUUCGGAUUGUGAGAAUAUCAAGUAUCUACCUUCACUCAAAGCAAUGCAACGCCUCACCAAAUUAUAUAGUCUACAGAUUUAUAGGUGUCCACUUCUAAAGGAAAGAUGCACCGAAGACAGCGGCGAAGAAUGGCCCAAGAUUUGUCACAUUCCAAAUGUCUAUCUCCCUGAUGAUUGAAGCCAAGCAAUGCCUCAGCAAUGGCUUUCAUGUUUCAAGAGAAAGAUGUAGCAUUGGGAGUGCGCCUAUGUGGGAGCCUCUUGUUGUGCAAGUUAAAUCACUUCUCCUCUCUUAAAGCAGAGUAAGCUUUCAAACCAUGUCAUGUCAUAAAAAAUGCAGGUCUGGAUUGAAGCUAUGCAACGUCUCACUCGACUAGCUUGCACUAUUGGAUAUCUGGUUCCAAGUUUCAGGGGAUACAUGUGCCUUCAGAAGUGUUUGAUGUUCAGUUGCGCAUGAUUAUUUCCAUUCAAGUUCUAAGUGCAAGUACAACCAAGGAGUCAAAUCAUUGCUUUAUCCUCUGCUCAAAUGGAAGAACAAGUUGCACAACUGAUGUACACUAGGUGCAAACUGAGUUCAGGUAUCUGUUGGCUGUAUGAACAAACUUCUGUCACACUUCUCAUUUGUGCGCUCUCUUGGUGCUUCUCAUUGGAAAGCUCGAAUUAUAACAAAUGGCUGAAGAUUUCUCUCUAACCAGACAAACCUGGUGAUAUAUGUGCUGGAUUUACUAAUCAAGACAUUGCUUCUGAAGAAGUCAUUAUAACAUGCUCUAAAUGCCGAAUAGCUCAUGAACAUAUGUCAUUUGAUAAAAAAAUAUUCAGUUACUCGAUUGAAGCCAUGCAAUGCCUCAGCAAUUGCUUUCAUGUUUCAAGAGAAAGAUUUACCAUUGGGAGUGCGCCUGUGUGGGAGUCUCAUGUUGUGCAAGUUAAAUCACUUCUCCUCUCUUAAAGCAGAGUCUGGAUUGAAGCUAUGCAACGUCUCACUCAACUAGCUAGCACAAGUGGAUAACUAUAGUUCCAAGUUUUAGGGGUUACAUGUGCCUUGAGACGUGUUUGAAGUUGAAGUUGCAGUUGCACAUGAUUAUUCCCAUCCAAGUUCUAAGUACAAGUACAGCCAAUUAUUGAAAUCAUUGCUCUAUCCUAGGCCAAAUGGAAGAACAAGUUGCGCAACUGAAGUGCACUAUGUGAAAACUGAGUUCAGUUAUCUGCUGGCUGUAUGAACCGACUUCUGUCGCACCGCAUUUAUGUGCUUGCUUGGUGUUUCUUAUGGGAAAGCUCUAAUUAUAACGAAUGGAGGCCAUAAGCUUGACAGUUAUGUAUUGUGCGCUUGUUUAGGAGGAACUCAAGUAUGAUUUUGUAAUGCAAGCGUCUUGGUGCUUCCAUGUUCAUGAGAUUCAGUAUGGUGGUAUGAUCUUGUUGUGCAUUAUGGUAGAGCUCUAGAGGAUCUUAUGUUUUCAGAGCGUUGCUCUUAGUUGAAAGGAAAAAAAAGAAAGAAAAAAAAUGAAUGGAGAGAUAACUGAAAGAUUGAGUGCUUGUGAGCUUUGGGUGUAAUUGGGGUUCUCUGUUGAGAAGGGUUGAGAGAGAAUGUGAGAUUACCUAUGAGCGAUUCAAAGAACUUUUUUUGUUUUUAGUUUUUACGAACUCUGUUAAAUCUUCUUUUGACUGUAGUGAAUUAUCGUCAUGGGCUGUGGACGUAACCCAAUUUGGGGUGAACCGCAUUAAAACCUUUCAUCUUAUUGACGGUGUU